AUGGCGAAAGGAAAUGUCUAUAGUCGACGGCUGCGCAGUCGUAAACGAUCGGAUUCAAUGUGUUCUGAGGAAGAAGGAGAGGAACUGAGCAAUUGUCUGGAAAGCAGAGAUCAACAUUAUGGGAUCUACACACCUGAACCUGUUCAACGUACGCUUAUAUUGCGGUCAGGAGAUGAUCUUGAAGAGGACGACAUUGAUGAUAUUGAAGACAGUGAGUUUGAAGACUUGGACGGCUAUGAAGACCGAGAUUAUAAUCGGAAAAUGUAUACAAAGUCUCAUAGGGUAGAAGAAGAGAGAGGAGAUCCUCAGGAUAUUCAGGAACAAGAUGAUAAGAACAUGGAGAUACAGGAGCAUCAAGUGCAACGCUCUGAGCUUAAAAGACGAGCGGCGGGUGCUGCUGCUUGCUUUAAAAGACCUUAUGGUACUCGUGGAUUGUGGCAAAAGGUUAUAGGGUUGAAUGCAAUGAAGAUGGUGCUUAAAUACAUGCGGAGACUGUGGCGUUUUAUGCUUCGCAACUCAUUCAUGGCCGUGAAUGUGUUGUGGCUUCUUGCACCGCUAUGCUGCUUUGUGGUCGCUGUUACAGUCCCACAUUAUGUGACAAGUGCAAUUCAUUAUGUGGAUAUUUUGUCGACAAAGGUAAUUGGUGCGCGUGGAAGUGCAGGUGGAGGUCUUGAGAUGGAGGCGAUGCGAUCUAUGGUGCUGGAAAUUGUGGACUUGAAGGUAAUAGGCAUGACCAAAGAGAUUCGAUUAUUGCAGCAAACUGUACAGAGUCAAGAAAGGGAAAUUGAAGCUUUGAAAUUGCUACACGAUUCGAUGCGCCACGCUCAUGAUGAAGCACAGAAGAAGUUUAGCCUUGUCGAACCCGACAGCGCUAUCACACUUCACGUUCAGAAAGUUGUGGCUGAGCAUACAAAAAGAUCGCGAGAGAUUUUCUUGGACAGGACCUCACAAAUACAGCAAGACCUGCGAUUGGUAUCAACGCAAUACGCUCAGCUCUAUUCUAUAGUAAUGGAGCAGGAAAAGAAGAUGAACUCGAUGAAAGGUAUGAUGAAGAAGGCUGUUAUUGCUCCGGUGACAAAUGCAGCAAACGGGUAUGCGGAGAUGCGCAAAGAAUUUACUGAUUGGCGUGAGUUAUUUGAGCGCGAGCUAGAGUCCGAAAUGCGACGCAAAUUGCAGGCUGCGGAAAGCCGCAUGUUGAGGGUGAUACACGAAGAACAGCGGACGUUUUCUUCUAGUGCUGAUGCUCUUCGAAGCUUGGAUGCUACUGACCCGGGAAUUCUCCGCGUUAUUGAAGUGGCAGUACAAGCUGUUGAGAUCAAGAAGACAGGACGCGUGGAUCAUGCAGCCCUGGCUAAUGGUGCCACGGUUAUUUAUUCAGAGCGUGACCUCUUGUAUCAGGAUAAGUUAUCACCGGUACAGCUUUUCAUCCAGCUUAUUGGACUGAACGAUCACAACGACGACGCCAGAUUUACAUCGCCUUCAUAUCGCCGAGCUCCCGCUCCAUAUUUGGGGUUGUUACUGUCGAUAGGAGAAAUUCCAUGGUGGCUCUCACGCCAUAACGGCCGACCAGAAACUGCAUUGUCGGAAACGAUGGAAAUUGGAAGUUGUUGGGGUUUUGCAGGCUCAUCCGGUCGCCUCUCAGUCAAGUUUGCUCUGCAAAUAAUUGCAGAUUCUAUUACAAUCGAUCAUAUUCCAGCUCAGAUUGCUUCUGACUUCAGUUCUGCGCCAAACAAGUUUCGUGUCCUGGGCAUAUCGGGCCAUCCUCUGCGAGAAACUGUGGAUUUUAUUCCUUUUGGCAACUUUUCCUAUGCUAGCAACGGCCCCGCUAGUCAGACGUUUAUGCUUACACCCCUGCAGAGUCAGUAUUCUGCUAUCGAUGGUAUUACGUUGGAGGUGCUUUCCAACCAUGGUCAUCCUGACUAUACGUGCCUGUAUCGCUUUCGGGUGCACGGACAACCUGUGUGA